UAAAGGGAAUAACAUGGUGUCCCAGUGGAUGUUUAUGUUUACUUGAAGAACAGACUUAAAAGGGCGUUUUUGCGAGACACAACGGACUUUUCUUUGUAAUAACAUUUUUUUAUUUUUACACUUUUUUAUGUGUUAAGAUUUACAAAGCCAGUGGCAUGUAAAUCUCAUAGUUCACUAAUGUGCCAGUCUUACAAAUGGAAAGGGGGCUUCACUUUGGAAACGUGAGCAUUUCCCUGGUGCUCCUGCUGUUGCUGAAAGCGCUGACCGGAUUCGGGACGUCGCAAACUCAGGGCUCCGCCAUCGCCGGGAGGGACCUACGGGGCUCAGGUGCCACCUUGGAGGAAGAUGGUGCAAGAGUCAUGGUGAGGGGCUUGGAGAGCGUAGGCGCCCCGGUCAUUGGAGCUGAUGUUACCGUGGAGGACGACGAGAAUGGGUCUGCUCCGGAGGCCGAGGAGUCAUCUGGAGAAAGUCAUGGAAAUGUUCGAGAAACGAGGUCUCUUGUGAUCAUCAGUACCCUAGAUGGGCGGAUCUCGGCUCUGGAUCCUCACAACCAGGGCAGGAAGCAGUGGGACCUAGAUGUCGGCUCAGGGUGCCUCGUGUCCUCCAGUCUCAGCAAACCUGAGGUGUUCGGCAAUAAGAUGGUCAUCCCAUCACUGGACGGUGCCUUGUUCCAGUGGAACCGGGACAGGGAGAGUAUGGAGGCAGUGCCUUUCAGUGUGGAGUCCCUGCUGGAGUCGUCCUACCGCAUCGGAGAGGACACUGUCCUGGUUGGGGGCAAAUCGCUCACUACUUACGGCCUGGGGGCUUACAGUGGCAAGCUUCGGUACAUUUGCUCUGCGGUGGGCUGCAGCCGAUGGGGGGAAGACGAGAUGGAGACUGAAGACAUGCUCUUGCUGCAGAGGACUCAGAAGACUGUUCGAGCCAUCAGACCCCGAUCGGGAAUGGAGAAGUGGAACUUCAGCGUUGGAAACUUUGAGCUGAAGCUUGUUCCCGACACGCAGUCGGGAAUGAAUUUCCUGGAGGGAGAAGUUGCUAACGGCGACGCCUGGAGGGAGAGUCAGCGGGUCAUCGCCGACGAACCAAAAGAGAGGGAGCAGACCAAGAAACAGCAAAAACCCAACCAGAACCUGGACCUCGUCAUCAAGGUGUCCGUUCCCGAUUGGAAGGUCAUGGCCUUCAGCACCGAGCCCAACGGACAGCUGGUCUGGGAGCGUCAGUUCUGCACACCCAUCGCCUCAGCCUGGCUGGUCGGCGGGGGUAAAGUCACACCAAUCAGCCUGUUUGACGACACCACCUACAGCAACCAGGCUGAAACCGAUGAGGAGGAGGAUGACGAAGAUAAAGAGAAAGCCAGAGGAGCUGCAGAGUCCAGUGUUUAUCUAGGGAUGUUCCAGGGACAGCUCUACCUCCAGUCCUCAGUCAGGAUCUCUGAAAAGUUCCCUUCAAAAGCUAUCGGGUCGGAGAAAGACAUAAUUCCACUACCGAUUGUCAAAUGGAAGCCUCUAAUCCAUAUAAGAGAAUUUAUUCAUCUUGUCCUUGACUCAGAUUCCCCGUCUCGGACACCGGUCCUGGUCGGCUCUGAUGAAUUUGACAAGUGUCUGAACAAUGAUAAAUUCUCCCAUGAGGAAUACAGCAACGGAGGACUGUCCAUCCUUCAGUAUCCGUACGACAACGGUUACUACUUCCCCUACAGCAAGCACUAUCGGGAGAAACGUGACAGCGCUGUGAGCUUGAUAAAGGGGAACGGGGCGGGGGCUGACAGUCGCAGGAGGAAGGACCCGGUGCUGCUGCUGCCCUGGUGGAAAGAGAUCCUCGGCACAAUCGUCUUCUGCAUCGCUGCCACCACUUACAUCGUCCGCAAGUUCUUCCACCCUCCUGCCCCUGUGCCCUAUGUGCGGCAACGGAAAGAGUCGGAGACACAGUGCCAGACAGACAGCAAGUACGACCUUGAGGUUGUCGAAUCCAAAGAGCCGGUUGCCAUGGAGACCCGUUCCAGCGAAUAUGUGUCCAGGUAUCUGACUGACUUUGAGCCGGUGCAGUGCCUUGGCCGCGGGGGGUUCGGCGUUGUGUUUGAAGCCCGCAACAAAGUCGACGACUGCAACUACGCCAUCAAAAGAAUCCGUCUGCCCAACAGGGAACUUGCUCGUGAGAAGGUGAUGCGAGAGGUGAAGGCUCUGGCCAAGCUGGAGCACCCGGGGAUUAUCCGCUACUUCAACGCCUGGCAGGAGAGCCCCCCUGAGGGUUGGCAGGAAGAGAUGGACCAGAGGUGGCUGAAAGACUCCAGUACUACUGACUGGCCAAUGAGCUUCCUGGACCACAUGGAGGUGCUGUCAGUCAAAGUGCCAGUGUCCAGUUCAAUCUCACCUGUUAUUGGACCUGAAGGAGAUGGUCUGGAGGCCUCCGUCGAUGCUCGGGCCGGGCUUUCCAGCAGCGGCAGUGGUGCUGUGAGUUUCAGUGUUGACGAUGGAGACCUGUCUUUCCAUCCGCUCCUGGGCCACGACAGCUUGAUGUCUGAGCGGGACAGCCAGGCUGACCCAGACGCCUCGGACACGCCGCACUCUUUCGAGUUGUGCCCCCCGCGCGGCCCCAGCGACUGCACUUCCUCCUCCUUCGACAUUGUUUUCGAGGAUUCGGGUUGCGACCGAGACGCGGAUGCGGAUGCGGACACUGACUCGGCCUCGGCUUCGGUUUCGGCUUCGGCCUCUGGUCCAGCCAGUCCGGGAACAGUGAUGGAGAAAAACAGCUCGUCUUCUUCGCACACCAGACGGCAAGAAAACAUCCCGCCCUUUUCUUCCACUCCUCCCCGACCAAACUCGCUCGCUCUGGCUCUCCCCAUUACUCCUGCAGCCCAGCGAGCCCAGCCUUCUCCCAAGGUGUACCUGUACAUCCAGAUGCAGCUCUGUCGGAAGGAGAACUUGAAGGACUGGAUGGCUCAGCGUUGCCUACCGGAGCAGAGAGAGCACAACCAGUGUCUAGACAUCUUUGUCCAGAUUGCCGAGGCUGUCGACUUCCUGCACAGCAAGGGGCUCAUGCACAGGGACCUCAAGCCAUCCAACAUCUUCUUCACCAUGGACGACGUGGUGAAGGUGGGAGACUUCGGCCUGGUGACGGCCAUGGACCAGGAAGAGGACGACGACGAGCCGAGCGCGUUGACGCCAGCUCCGCUCCUGACCCGGCACACGGGCCAGGUCGGCACCAAGCUCUACAUGAGCCCCGAGCAGCUCUCUGGAAACUCAUACUCUCACAAAGUGGAUAUUUACUCUCUGGGUCUGAUCCUGUUUGAGCUGCUGUAUCCCUUCAGGACCCAGAUGGAGAGAGUGAGGACGCUGACGGAGGUGAGAGCUCUGCACUUCCCAGAGGUUUUCUCCAAAAACAACGUUCAGGAGCUGAGUAUGGUGCGGAGCAUGCUGUCGUGGAGCCCUGGCGAGCGUCCUGAGGCAGCUGAGAUCACAGGGAAUCCACUUUUCCAGGAGCUGGAGCUGCCUUGCCGACUGGCUAUGAGGCAGCGCUCCCGUACCUACAGCGCCUCGUCCAUGGGCCGACCCUCCCGCCAGACAUCAGCUACCUGAAGAUGCCAUGACGCAAUAUGUUACCCCCCACAAAGCUUGUUCCCCUGUCAUCCCCCCGCCGGUCUGCCGCCUAAGAGAACCACCUCAGCGCCCUGCCAUCACACACUGCCUCAGAAACAAUCACUUUAAAUGCCAAGCACUGAAAAUGAGCAGGAAUUUGUCUCGAUUGCUUAAGAGCACCGAGACAAAAUCCUGCAAAGUUCCUCUGCUUGGCAAAUACACAUGCCGUUACAGAUUCACACACCAUUAUGCUGCCCAAGUUCCCAAUUUUAAUUAUACUUACAAGUGAAAGGAUAUUUUAAAAGCGACAGCCGUUCUGUAAUGUUCAGGACCAGACUUGGCUCAAGCGGCACUUGAAAAUAAUUCUUAGUGGUUAUUUUAAAUGGCUGCGAGUACCAGAUGACAACUCAGUGUAGAUAAACCAUCAUCCAGACAACAUUCAAAAUGUUUACCUCUUGUUUUAAACAAUUGGCAUUAUCAUCUACUCUGACAUCUCAAUCUGGUAUGAAACAAGCGUCUGGUACUCCAGGAUAAUUGACAGAAGUGCUAAGAACUAUUUUAUAUAUGUUUUGAUCCCAUUCUGGUCCCAACGCGCUGCUUGCUCUCAACAUUCAGCCAGUGUUCGCUCACCCUCGCUACACCUCAGGUAUCAAAACCAAGAGGACACUCCAAAGGGGCCUUUGAUGCUUGAUCAUCCUAUCGACUAGUGACUAGUACUGAUCACUGGUACAAGCACUAACUGGUGUUCUGACACCCAAUAUGCCUGAUUUGGAAGACCAAAAAAGACCAUCUUUUUCCUAUGUGUUUUCUUUUGUUUUCUUUUUAGUUAAAAGAAGGUGAUGUAUUGCGUAUAGAAGAGUUUAUGAAUCCAGUUCAGCAGAUGUGAUUUGCCUUUAGAAAGGGGCUUGCAGCCCCCUCUGAAUGAAUGCAGAGCCACUGGCUCAUGUCUUUUUUGCAUGUACCUGAUAGGAAACUGAAGGGGUGAGUGAGAGUUUGUUAUCUUAAAGCCAGUACUUUGACACAGUUUUUCUGUGUGUAAAUUUACUCAAUGACUCUUGAGGUGCUCAAUCAUUUUUCAACACCUCCUCUUAGCUCUCUGUAUAUAAUUGAAGGAAAAAACCUGUUUAUAACUUUUUCUUUGUUAAUUCAGAAGUUUCCUUUGAUCAAUCCUGUAAAUAUUGUAAGACGCCAUUGCUUGUAAAUGGCUUUUUCAUGAGGCAACUGUAAGAUAAUGUGAUAUAUACUGUGGGAGAGGGAACAAAGAGGAGACGAUCUCUGCCAUUAAUGGAUAGCUGAAUGUUGCAGUGUGACCUCCAGAGUACAGCGAUGGUGGUCACCUCUUAUAACUCAUUGAAGUUAUUCUCAGUGUUUGUUUUCACAUGUUUGGGUUACCAAGAGGAAGUGGUUUGCCCUGCUUUAAGCACCAGAGAAUAACCCGCAGGACCAGAGUGCCAUUUGAAAGUCAGUAAAGUGUACUUUUGUGUAACUAAUAACUCACCUCACACUUUUGCAGUCGUGCUAUUGUGCUCCAACCCCAUCCAGCUGGUGUUCCCGGUAGAGCACAAAAAAACACAAAUACUGAGAUCUGCAGCUCUCCCACGAUGCAGGAAACAUAGCAUUUAGCUGAUAAGGUGAUACUGUUUCGUCUCCUCUAAACUGGGGACCUGGACCUGAUGUUGGUCAUGUGAUCCACAUAAGGAUUGUUAAUGUACAUAAGAAAUGCUGGGAGAGUCACAUGACCCGCUUGUAACUACACACACAGACACACACAGACACACACACACAAACUGCUAAUUGUAAUGUGCUUUCAAUGAUUGUACUUUUUUAAAGAUCUUCUCUGUUUUGGAUAAGAGCAGUUUUUGAUUAUUCUGCAGGGUUUUUUGAUUACUGUAAAGUCUUGACUGUGUCUGAUACAGGAAGUCAAACUGAUGUUCGUCCAUCUGUCCGCUUAGCCCACUGAAAAUGAGUCAUUCUCGUUGUAAAAUGAUCAAUUCUCUCUUCAGAGUUUAAAACGGGACUGUACUCCCACCACGAUAACGGUGGAAACGGGAGAGUUCAAUUCCAUAAUGACACUUCCUGAAGUCCAGCAGAACAACUCAUGCCACAAAUUUAGAAAUUUUGCUUUUUUUGAAAGAUGGUAUGUACUGUAGGAACUGUACAUAAGUCCUUUGUUGAGACUGUUAACCUUUUUGUAGGCAUUGAUAUUUUGAAGCAACUCAAUAAUGGAACUAAUGUAAAUCCCACAGAAUGAUUUCACAGGAUGUGGGAACCUUUUUUUCCCCCUGCUAUUUUAUAGACAUCGAUUCCUGAGGGAAUUGUGACUUAAAGACUUGAUUUUGAACAAUUUUACAGUCAGAAAGAAGGAAAUUGUCACAAUUAUAAAUCACCUACGGUAGUAAAUAGUUUGUCCUUAUUUUUUUUUUCCCAUUAUGACUGAAAACAGCAUUAAUGACAAUAGUGUAUUAUCUGAGGUUCUAGAAACGUUCUGCUUUUUUUCCACUCAAUCCAAGAAAAUGUGAUUAUACAAGUAGGAUUUUCAUGCUUUGUUGAAUUGUGUUCAUCCUCCUUCCACUCCUGCCGCCUGGGUAACCGUUCCUGAGGAUAGUUCAAUUAAAUCAACCCCCUCCCCCCCUCCUUCCUCCUCCUUCUUCUUCCUCCUUCUUUUCAAUCUGUAAUGCCUCUGUCUGGACAUGUAGUUGCCUAUUCUUGUGCACAAACCCCAUUUUUCUGUCCAUGUUGAAUUGUAAAUAUGUUUAUUUGCUUUAUUUAUGUUUUGAUGCCGUGAUCAAUCCUUUUUUGGGUUGGUGUUAUUAUGAAUGCGCUUCAUGCGAUGGAGCGCGUUGGAAUAUGAAUGACUUCUUACAAGUCUAAAUUUAAUAAACUGUUCUAUACCA